GUCAAAUUGUUAGAGCACCAUUACCGGAACAUCCCGGUAGUUAGCCCGUCUCCUUCAAGCUUGAUGCUGAUAAGAAGAGGGCGCUAUUUACAAUUAUCGCAAUACGGAAACAGGCUGGUACCCAAUUCCCUGUCCAUAUUCUGAUGAUAGUCUGAAAAGGGCACCAGGUGCAUUUAUCAGCGUUGAUCUGGUGUGACACGUCGUCUUAGCCAACACAGCGUGUGGAGGAAAUCGGAUUGAAAUUUUAAACAUCUGCCAAGUGCUAGCUUGACUACCGGUACCGAGCGUAACUGAGAAUAGCAGAAGGUUUUCAGGCAACUAAGACGCUCACAAUUCUUUUUACUGAGCUCCGUAGGUCACGCCAACGAACCACGUCAGAAUGGAGAGAUGGAGGAGCCUGGUGCUACUGCUGGCCUUGCUUGCCGUCUGUCGGGCAGCUCCCGUCCUGCCGGAGAAAACGGACACAGAUGACGAAGGGGAUAUCGAAGAUUCUGAACACACUGGCCUUGAGUAUGACAGAUACUUGAGGAAGGUCGUGAAGACGCUUGAGAACGACCCGGUGAUGAAGAAGAAAUUGGACGACCUCAGCCUGGACGACCUCAAAACUGGUAAGAUGAUGGAGAUUUUGGAUGGUGUCUCUGACAAGAUGAGGGCCAGACUAGAUGACCUGAAGCGCUCCGAAAUACAGAGAUUGAGGCAGGUUGCCAGACAACGCUUCCAACAAGCAAUUUUUGAUGAUAAUAGCACGACUAAUGGAGAUCAUCGGCCCAUGGAUCAGAAACAGAUCGAGGACAUGACCGGCCAUCUUGACAUCAACAAUAUGGACCAGUUCGGGGGAAAAGAUUUUGAAAAACUCAUCAAAAAGGCCACGGAGGAUCUGGACAAGGCAGACAAGGAGCGCAAGGAGGAGUUCAAACGCUACGAGAUGCAGAAGGAGAUCGAGAGGCGGCAAAAGCUGAAGGAGAUGGAUGAGGCCAAGCGGAAAGAGGCCGAACAGGAGCACGAGGAACGACGCAAGAAGCUGAAGGAGAAACACAUGAAGCAUCCGGGGAGCAAGCCCCAACUGGAAGAUGUCUGGGAGGAGACAGACCACCUGGAACGAGAAGACUUCAACCCCAGGACUUUCUUUAAUCUGCAUGACACCAAUGGUGAUGGCACCUUGGACGCCUUUGAACUGGAGGCGCUGUUUGUGAAACAGGUACGCAAGCAUUAUGAGAUGGCGGAUAAUUCCCAUGUGGAUCCGGUCAAAGUCAGGGAAGAAAUUGCCCGUAUGAGGGAGCAUGUCUUGACGGAGAUUGACAAGAACAAAGACAAGAUGGUCAGCAGGAAGGAAUUUAUGGAGGCGACUGAGGCUGAAGAUUUUGACGAAGACAAGGGAUGGGAUGACUUGGAGGAGCAAGACAUCUACACCGAAGAUGAACUGGAGACGUACGAGAAGAAUAUACAGGAGGAGAUGAAGAAGUUGAAGUUGAGGCUACAGCAGGAGCACGACCAGUACAAAGAGAACAGAGUGCCGCAGCCUGGUGAUCCGGUGGUCAUGAAUCAGGCCAAAGCAGCUAUCUCCAAUCCCCAGCAGUUGGCUGACCAAGUAAUCCAGGCCGCUGCGGAUCACGAAGCUGAAAAAUUCCACCAAGCCAGUCAGCAAAUGAAGAAACUGGUAGACGAAGUGGCCAACCAGGUCAAGGCAAACGCACAAGGGGGGCAAAAACCGCAAGACAAUACACAACACCAGCAACAGCAGCAGCAGCAACAAGCACAAAUAGAUGCCCAGAAAAUAGCCCAACAAGCCCAACAGCAACAAGCCCAAGUCAAGGCCCAGCAGGAGGCAGCACAGAGAGCCCAACAGCAGCAAGCCCAACAAGCCCAACUGAAAGCCCAACAAGAAGCCCAACAGAGAGCCCAACAGCAAGCCCAACAAGAAGCCCAACAGAGAGCCCAACAAGAAGCCCAACAGAGAGCCCAACAGCAAGCCCAACAAGAAGCCCAAAGGCAGGCUGCCCAAGAGCAGGCUGCCCAACAGCAGGCCCAAUUGAAAGCUCAACAGCAAGCCCAACAGCAAGCCCAACAGCAGGCCCAAUUGAAAGCUCAACAAGAGGCUGAACUGAAAGCCCAACAGCAAGCCCAACCGCAAGCCCAACAGCAAGCCCAACCGCAAGCCCAGCAGCAAGCCCAACCGCAAGCCCAGCCGCAAGCCCAACCGCNGCAAGCCCAACAGCAAGCCCAACAGCAAGCCCAGCAGCAAGCCCAACAGCAAGCCCAACAGCAAGCCCAACAGCAAGCCCAACAGCAAGCCCAGCAGCAAGCCCAGCAGCAAGCCCAGCUGCAAGCCCAACAGCAAGCCCAACAGCAAGCCCAACAGCCCGGUAUGCCAGCCCCUGCAGCCAAUCAGAACCCACCAGGAUCACAGUAAUCAAAAACCUGACUUCAGCAAACAUUCCAGGGGACGAUUUCACGAAACUAAAUAUAAUCCAGCAUUCCUACAUUUGUAAUGAAAACAAGUUGCACAU